AUGGCAACAUUACCUAAAGCAAAGAAUUAUAUACUGUUUACUGAUACAUUCGCGAUUAAUGAUAUGGACAAAGAAGGCAAAAAAUUUGAUCGUGUAUCACGGUUCACUGGCAGAGGAGAGAAUUUAGAAAUGGAAUUAACAAUAGAUAUUAAUAUAGAAUUAUAUCCAUUGGAUAUAGGGGAUAAAGUAAUGAUAAUGUUAACAACAUCAUUAUCAUUAGAUACAGCAAAUAUAGCACAGAGUGAAGAAGCCAUACUGCCAUUCCCCAUUAUGACUCAAGGUGAUCAAACAGAACGACCUUCUUGGAAAGAAAAAACUUCUAUGGAUAGAGAUUUAAGUGAUGAUUAUGAAUAUAUCAUGUACGGUAAAGUUUAUAAGUAUGAUGAAGAAAAAAGAAGCAAAGUGGCGGUUUAUAUGUCUUUUGGAGGAUUGCUGAUGGCAUUGGAAGGAGAUUUUCGUCAUGUGCAAAAUAUUCACGUUGGACAAAACGUUUAUAUGUUAAUGAAACGUCAAUAUUAG